AUGUCCGGUUCACCUGUUGCACCUAUUACACCCAUUACGUCUGUUCCUGUUAUUAUGAUUGACAUAAGCGGAUUAAAUGACAAUGUUAUGGUCAACCUUGUUGCUUCGGCAACAAACAGUUUGAAAAAAUCCAACGACAAGAAUCCAAAGAAAUCAGGUGUUAGAAAACGAACUCUUAUCUUUACGUCAAAGAGUCUUCAAUUAACACGAGAAAAAGAAGAAGCUGAAGCAAAAAGCCAAGACCU